CUCGCCCGGCAGCUGCUAGUUUUCUCUUGCAAGGAGGCGGCGCUGCGUUGCGCUGCCUUGCAAACAUGUCGCGGCGAAGGGGGCUUGGCCGGCCGCCGCGCCGUUGCUUUUUAGCAGCCCUGCUGGUGGCGGCGCUCUGCGUAAGCCCUGGGGCUGCCGAAGCCCGGUGCGAAGUGUGUCAAGAUUUUUUGGAAAGAUUUUACAGUUCUCUGAAAGAAAAACAUUCUGAUUUCUCCAUGGCAUCUAUAGAAGAGGAAUUAAUUAAGACUUGCAUGAAUACAAAAGGCAAAGAAAACCGCUUGUGCUAUUACCUUGGGGCUACAGGAGAUGCAGCUAGCAAGAUCAUUAGUGAAGUCAGUCGUCCAAUGAGUGGUCAUGUCCCUGUGACAAAAAUCUGCGAGAAGCUGAAGAAAGUCGAUAUUCAGAUCUGUGAACUCAAAUACGAAAGACAACUUGAUUUAACUUCAGUAGAUCUAUCCAAGAUGAGAGUGGCUGAGCUGAGAAAGAUCCUGGAUAGCUGGGGAGAAAUUUGCAGAGCUUGUGCUGAAAAAACAGACUUUGUGAACCUUAUUAAGGAGCUUGCCCCCAAAUAUACAGCUCCAGCUGCUAGAGCUGACCUUUGAUGGAUACUACCUGCCAUGAGCACAUGAAUGCUUACUACACAGCCUAAAGAGUGAUGUCAUGAUUGGAUUUCAUUCACCCGAACAUUUCCGAAGAAACGGCUUUAAGAAAUUGCUUCUAGAAGUUCAUGGACCUCAAGGACUUCUGCAGUAAAGUAGAAGGAGAAAGAGUUGAAUAGAUGGAAAGAUGGACAUGAUCAGUGACUGGGCGAGAAAGACUUCCCAAUCUUAAAAACACAGAAAAAAUAGUAGAAUAUUUUGCAAUUUGAUUAACAGACCCAGACUUGAAGUACAGUAGAAGAUUGCUGGGAGGGAAGCUCAAAAAUCAGAAAUGCCUUUUCUAGAUUUCAAUCCCUGCCUCCAUCUUGGUCAGGUGCUGGCCUGGUGAUCUGUUUGGAUCACAGUUAACGUGGCCCCCGACUGGUGGAGUCCCCUGCUUCUUUUCCCCUCCCAUCCAUGCCAGGAAAUGGUGAUUUUGGGGGGGGGGGAGUGAGAUCAAAAUCAGCAAGAUGGCAGAUGGGGCACUGCAAGGCAGGCCUUCUCCUUUUUGUGCAUGUGUUGACAUCACAUGCAUGUUGCAAGAGGGCAGGGCUUGCAGUGUGACACUCCAUCUACCACCUAGUUGAUUUUGUCUCCUCCCCUGCAGAUGCCACUGCCAGGAAAACAAGUGCCUCCUGCUUUCCCUUCCAUGGACUUCUUCUGUGGACUGGUUAAAAAAUCAGCAACCGCCACAGGAUUGUACUGCUUCCAGUCCCUUGGUCUCGAAGGGGAACCUUGGCAGAACUUUGAUCAAUUUCCCCAUUGAAAAAACAACAACAGCAGCAACAACAGAGAAAUGGCCAACAUUUCACCUUUCAACUGCUGAUUCUGUCAACAGAGAAAAAGGCACAGAUCCAACCUGUCUGGGCAGGCAGUUAAGCUGCCCGCUAUGAAAUAGGCAUUGAAGGCAAAGAGCAGGGAGCGAGGGGGAAUUGUGAAUUUCUUCAGAUCUUUGUCACCAAACAUUAUUCGAGUUUCCCAUGAGUCCUGCUAAUGCAUAAAGGAAGUCUGAAUGAACAAAUUAUACCACAAUUGUGGAGAUUUGGGGGCUACAUGGAUCUUUGAUCUAGUGGAAGCCAAACGGAGCGUUCCACCACAAAACUCUCAUGUCGUCAGGCAAGGAGAUGGUUGGCUUUGGAGAUCUGAAUUACGAUCCACUUUCUGACGCACAUGACUCUCUUCACGUGCUUGCUCCACUUUGGCCUCUUCUAUGCGCAAUCCCCAGGUGACUCUGUUCCUGCUGGUCAGUCUGAUGCAGUUCUGUGGCCAUGCUUUGCGUUUGGGUCUUUAACGUAGCUUAAAGCCUUCUAGUUGUGCUAAGUGUCUUUGCUCCUUUUUUUUCCCCUGUGCUUUUCCCCUCAUAAAAAGUUAUCACUUGUUUUC